AUAAUAAAAUACUUUAUCACGUCUUUUUUUCCUUUUAAAUUUUUAAAUCAAAAAAAAAAAUGAAAUAUCAUACAUUAUUAUUUUUAGUUCUCUUAUACCUUAUUGCCGUUUCGUCAGCUGCUCCAAAUGGUAGUAAAUUAUUACCCAGAGCAUUUGAAAAACGAAAUCAAUGUAGUUGCAGAUUCGUGGUCGCAGAUUUCAAUCAUGGUUCAAGUAGGGGUAUCGUGACCUUUGCUCAAGACGAAAGAGGUGAUACCGAAGUCGCAGGAAUUUUCAGCAAGGGUUUCGAUGAUGAGCACGCAAGUUAUGGACUUAAAAUUGUUGACGAAUGCCGUAAUGUCCUCUUUGAUCUUACGGAUGGGUUAAAUAUAACACCAGACGGUUCUGGUGGUACCAAAUCUUUUAGGCAUAAAUUUAGUGAAUUUAGUGUUGACUGCGACAGCAAUGGUAUUCUUACCAAAAAAAUUCAUAAUUCCAAACGUACUUGUCAUAGCAAUAAAAUUAGGAAACGUCUUCCUAAUGAAGCGAUGACUACUCAGAAUGGUCAAGGCAUGGAUUAUACAGGGAUCUUUUAAAUGAUACUGCAUAUUACAUUUUUUUUUAAAUUUCAAAAAAAUAUAUUAGUUAAUAUUAGUUAUAUUUUCAGCACAACGUGCAGGUAAUCAAAUAGGUUGUUCGACCCCAUAAUAGAUUAUUCGAGAUUUCAUUUAAUUCUUUGAUUUUUUGUAAAACGUCAUUUUUUUUUUUGGUCGCAAAACAAAAAUGCGAGGCGUUUUUUUUUUGUAAAAUUAUUUUUGUAAUUUUGUAUCUUUUUUUUAAAUAACAUAAUAAAUUA